CCGCCCCCUCGGCGCUUCGCGAGGCCCACGAGCUCCUGGGCCCGGCCGCGGAGCCACCGGAGCCGCCAGGGCCUCGCCGGAGGAGGGCGGGGAGAGGACCAUGUGAAUGUGCUCCGGAACCGAGCGCCACGCCACGCAGGGUCAGUCCUACUGCUGGUUUAGAAGACAUGUGGUGUAUAUAACGUUUGUGAUAGUUGGUGGAAAUUUGGGAGCUUGGAUAAUGGGCUGUGUGCAAUGUAAGGAUAAAGAAGCAGCGAAACUGACGGAGGAGAGGGACGGCAGCCUGAACCAGAGCUCUGGGUACCGCUAUGGCACAGACCCCACCCCUCAGCACUACCCCAGCUUCGGUGUGACCUCCAUCCCGAACUACAACAACUUCCACGCAGCCGGGGGCCAGGGACUCACGGUCUUUGGGGGUGUGAACUCCUCCUCUCACACCGGGACCCUGCGUACUAGAGGAGGGACAGGAGUGACACUAUUUGUGGCACUUUAUGACUAUGAAGCACGGACAGAAGAUGACCUGAGUUUUCACAAAGGAGAAAAAUUUCAAAUAUUGAACAGCUCGGAAGGAGACUGGUGGGAAGCCCGCUCCUUGACAACUGGGGAAACUGGUUACAUUCCUAGCAACUACGUGGCUCCAGUUGACUCCAUCCAGGCAGAAGAGUGGUACUUUGGAAAACUUGGCCGCAAGGAUGCUGAGAGACAGCUCCUGUCCUUUGGAAACCCAAGAGGUACCUUUCUUAUCCGCGAGAGCGAAACCACCAAAGGUGCCUACUCCCUCUCCAUCCGAGACUGGGACGACAUGAAGGGAGACCACGUCAAACAUUACAAAAUCCGCAAGCUUGACAACGGCGGGUACUACAUCACCACGAGGGCCCAGUUUGAGACCCUUCAGCAGCUUGUACAGCAUUACUCAGAGAGAGCCGCGGGUCUCUGCUGCCGUCUAGUAGUUCCCUGUCACAAAGGGAUGCCAAGGCUUACCGAUCUGUCUGUCAAAACCAAAGAUGUCUGGGAAAUCCCUCGAGAAUCCCUGCAGUUGAUCAAGAGACUGGGAAAUGGGCAGUUUGGGGAAGUAUGGAUGGGUACCUGGAAUGGAAACACAAAAGUAGCCAUAAAGACUCUUAAGCCAGGCACAAUGUCCCCGGAAUCCUUCCUGGAGGAAGCACAGAUCAUGAAGAAGCUGAAGCACGACAAGCUGGUGCAGCUCUAUGCAGUUGUGUCCGAAGAGCCCAUUUACAUUGUCACGGAAUACAUGAACAAAGGAAGUUUGCUCGACUUCUUAAAAGACGGUGAAGGACGGGCUCUGAAAUUGCCAAACCUCGUGGACAUGGCGGCACAGGUUGCUGCAGGAAUGGCUUACAUCGAACGCAUGAAUUAUAUCCACAGAGAUCUGCGGUCAGCUAACAUUCUGGUGGGGAACGGACUCAUUUGCAAGAUUGCUGACUUCGGAUUGGCCCGGUUGAUUGAAGACAAUGAGUACACAGCCAGACAAGGUGCAAAGUUUCCCAUUAAGUGGACAGCCCCCGAAGCGGCCCUGUAUGGAAGGUUCACAAUCAAGUCUGACGUGUGGUCCUUUGGAAUCUUACUCACAGAGCUGGUCACCAAAGGCAGAGUGCCGUACCCAGGCAUGAACAACCGUGAGGUGCUGGAGCAGGUGGAGAGAGGCUACAGGAUGCCCUGCCCGCAGGACUGCCCGAUCUCCCUGCACGAGCUCAUGAUCCACUGCUGGAAAAAGGAUCCGGAGGAGCGCCCCACUUUCGAGUACUUGCAGGGCUUCCUGGAGGACUACUUUACCGCCACAGAGCCCCAGUAUCAGCCCGGUGAAAACCUGUGAGAGCCUGCGCUUCAGGGGCCUCGUCCCAGAGGCCGCCCCACCCCUCCCCAUUAGCUUCCGAUUCCAUAGCCAGCUGCCUCCGAGCAGCGAGAACCGUCCAGGAUCAGAUUGCAUGUGACUCUGAGGCUGACGAACUUCCACGGCCCUCCUUAAUGACACUUGUCCCCCAGUCCGAACCUCCUCUGUGAAUCAUCCGAGACAGACUUGGAAAUGCAUUGUAUUGCUGUUCUGUCAAAGGCCAAACCUGUUCAGUGUAAAUAGCUGCUCCUGUGCCAACCAUCCUCGUGCUUUCCUUUUUUAAAAAAGAAAAAAAAGCAAAUCCUCUGUGAUUUUAACUCUGUCUUCACCCGAUUCAACUAAAAAAAAAAGUAUUAUUUUCCAAAAGUGGCCUCUUUGUCUAAAACAAUAAAAUUUUUUUUCAUGUUUUAACAAAAAA